AUGUUUCUUACUCCAGAUGCUGGCUUCAGUCUGGUCAGGAGCUACCCUGCAGAUGCUGGCUUCAGUCUAGUCAGGGGCUACCCUGCAGAUGCUGGCUUCAGUCUGGUCAGGAGCUACCCUGCAGAUGCUGGCUUCAGUCUGGUCAGGACCUACCCUGUCAGCUGUAGUAAAGCAAUGUUUCUUACUUCAGAUGCUGGCUUCAGUCUGGUCAGGACCUACCCUGUCAGCUGUAGUAAAGCAAUGUUUCUUACUUCAGAUGCUGGCUUCAGUCUGGUCAGGACCUACCCUGUCAGCUGUAGUAAAGCAAUGUUUCUUACUUCAGAUGCUGGCUUCAGUCUGGUCAGGACCUACCCUGUCAGCUGUAGUAAAGCAAUGUUUCUUACUUCAGAUGCUGGCUUCAGUCUGGUCAGGACCUACCAUGUCAGCUGUAGUAAAGCAAUGUUUCUUACUCCAGAUGCUGGCUUCAGUCUGGUCAGGAGCUACCCUGCAGAUUCUGGCUUCAAUCUGGUCAGGAGCUACCCUGCAGAUGCUGGCUUCAGUCUGGUCAGGAGCUACCCUGCAGAUGCUGGCUUCAGUCUAGUCAGGGGCUACCCUGCAGAUGCUGGCUUCAAUCUGGUCAGGACCUACCCUGCAGAUGCUGGCUUCAGUCUAGUCAGGGGCUACCCUGCAGAUGCUGGCUUCAGUCUGGUCAGGAGCUUCACUGCAGAUGCUGGCUUCAGUCUGGUCAGGAGCUACCCUGCAGAUGCUGGCUUCAGUCUGGUCAGGAGCUACCCUGCAGAUGCUGGCUUCAGUCUGGUCAGGAGCUACCCUCCAGAUGCUGGCUUCAAUCUGGUCAGGACCUACCCUGUCAGCUGUAGUAAAGCAAUGUUACUUACUUCAGAUGCUGGCUUCAGUCUGGUCAGGACCUACCCUGUCAGCUGUAGUAAAGCAAUGUUUCUUACUCCAGAUGCUGGCUUCAGUCUGGUCAGGAGCUACCCUGUCCUUACUCCAGAUGCUGGCUUCAGUCUGGUCAAGAGCUACCCUGUCCUUACUCCAGAUGCUGGCUUCAGUCUGGUCAAGAGCUACCCUGUCCUUACUCCAGAUGCUGGCUUCAGUCUGGUCAGGAGCUACCCUGCAGAUGCUGGCUUCAGUCUGGUCAGGAGCUACCCUGUUCUUACUCCAGAUGCUGGCUUUAGUCUGGUUAGGAGCUACCCUGCAGAUGCUGGCUUCAGUCUGGUCAGGAGCUACCCCGUUCUUACUCCAGAUGCUGGCUUCAGUCUUGUCAGGAGAUACCCUGCAGAUGCUGGCUUCAGUCUGGUCAGGACCUACCCUGUCAGCUGUAGUAAAGCAAUGUUUCUUACUUCAGAUGCUGGCUUCAGUCUGGUCAGGAGCUACCCUGUUCUUACUCCAGAUGCUGGCUUCAGUCUGGUCAGGAGAUACCCUGCAGAUGCUGGCUUCAGUCUGGUCAGGACCUACCCUGUCAGCUGUAGUAAAGCAAUGUUUCUUACUUCAGAUGCUGGCUUCAGUCUGGUCAGGAGCUACCCUGUUCUUACUCCAGAUGCUGGCUUCAGUCUGGUCAGGAGCUACCCUGCAGAUGCUGGCUUCAGUCUGGUCAGGAGCUACCCUGCAGAUGCUGGCUUCAGUCUAGUCAGGGGCUACCCUGCAGAUGCUGGCUUCAAUCUGGUCAGGACCUACCCUGCAGAUGCUGGCUUCAGUCUAGUCAGGGGCUACCCUGCAGAUGCUGGCUUCAGUCUGGUCAGGAGCUUCACUGCAGAUGCUGGCUUCAGUCUGGUCAGGAGCUACCCUGCAGAUGCUGGCUUCAGUCUGGUCAGGAGCUACCCUGCAGAUGCUGGCUUCAGUCUGGUCAGGAGCUACCCUCCAGAUGCUGGCUUCAAUCUGGUCAGGACCUACCCUGUCAGCUGUAGUAAAGCAAUGUUACUUACUUCAGAUGCUGGCUUCAGUCUGGUCAGGACCUACCCUGUCAGCUGUAGUAAAGCAAUGUUUCUUACUCCAGAUGCUGGCUUCAGUCUGGUCAGGAGCUACCCUGUCCUUACUCCAGAUGCUGGCUUCAGUCUGGUCAAGAGCUACCCUGUCCUUACUCCAGAUGCUGGCUUCAGUCUGGUCAAGAGCUACCCUGUCCUUACUCCAGAUGCUGGCUUCAGUCUGGUCAGGAGCUACCCUGCAGAUGCUGGCUUCAGUCUGGUCAGGAGCUACCCUGUUCUUACUCCAGAUGCUGGCUUUAGUCUGGUUAGGAGCUACCCUGCAGAUGCUGGCUUCAGUCUGGUCAGGAGCUACCCCGUUCUUACUCCAGAUGCUGGCUUCAGUCUUGUCAGGAGAUACCCUGCAGAUGCUGGCUUCAGUCUGGUCAGGACCUACCCUGUCAGCUGUAGUAAAGCAAUGUUUCUUACUUCAGAUGCUGGCUUCAGUCUGGUCAGGAGCUACCCUGUUCUUACUCCAGAUGCUGGCUUCAGUCUGGUCAGGAGAUACCCUGCAGAUGCUGGCUUCAGUCUGGUCAGGACCUACCCUGUCAGCUGUAGUAAAGCAAUGUUUCUUACUUCAGAUGCUGGCUUCAGUCUGGUCAGGAGCUACCCUGUUCUUACUCCAGAUGCUGGCUUCAGUCUGGUCAGGAGCUACCCUGCAGAUGCUGGCUUCAGUCUGGUCAGGAGCUACCCUGCAGAUGCUGGCUUCAGUCUGGUCAGGAGCUACCCUCCAGAUGCUGGCUUCAAUCUGGUCAGGACCUACCCUGUCAGCUGUAGUAAAGCAAUGUUUCUUACUUCAGAUGCUGGCUUCAGUCUGGUCAGGACCUACCCUGUCAGCUGUAGUAAAGCAAUGUUUCUUACUCCAGAUGCUGGCUUCAGUCUGGUCAGGAGCUACCCUGUCCUUACUCCAGAUGCUGGCUUCAGUCUGGUCAGGAGCUACCCUGUUCUUACUCCAGAUGCUGGCUUCAGUCUGGUCAGGAGCUACCCUGUCAGCUGUAGUAAAGCAAAGGUUUCAUGGUCUCAUUGGGGGACUGGGUAGCUCCUGACCAGACAGGGCAAUUGCGUAGGGUAGUUUGGAGCUACGCUUGCUGCAUUUGGCAUGAAAAACAUUAAAGCAAGAUGUGGGUUAAAUACGUAUGCGUUAUUGGUGCAUUCUCAGUUUAAGUGUAAAUUUUUGUGUUAUUUAUUUUUGUAUGAAAAUAGGUUUAUGUUUAUAUUUUGUUAACUAAUAUCUUAGUAUAUGUUCCUACAUAGAAACAUUUUAUUUUAUGUUUGUUAAUUCGUGUGUUUUUUCUUAUUGUAGAUAUAUUUGGUUUAUUUAAUCACACCGUAUAUAAACUUGCUGGUGUUGAAUGGAUUAAUGUGUCGUGUUAAUUAGUGCAGAUUAAUGAUAAAUUCAGAAGUUACACAGUAUUAGCAAAUGUGUAAUCUGCAAAAAUAAUAUAUUGAAUUUGUUGAAGCAACUAUAUACCCAGAGAUUCAUAGCUCAGAAUAUUGAUAUGAUGCUGGACCAUCUUCAUACCUUCUGUGUUUUUAAAAGCGAUGGGGGAAAAAAAGUGCAGACUACAGACAAAAUGAUGAAAUCAGUACAUGUACUUCUAUGCAUAUCCCUGACAUUUAGUUUCUAAGCAAACAAUUUUAAUCUGAAUGAUUACUUUUAAAAGUUUCUUUUUUGUAGCAUUGAAUUGGAAAUAAAUCAUUUAUUAUAUGUAGCUAUUACAUUACGAUAAAUCUAGUCUUUCCAAAUCGUUAACAAAAUAAAUAAAUAUCCAACUUCUAA